AAAACGAGUAAUGAAUCUCUAUAAAAUGGUUUUCAAAGCGAACCGAAAGCUCAGAACUCCAAAUCUCUCUGUCUCUGCUCGAGAGGCCGGUGCUGAUCCGUGGGAGGAGGAAGGGAAGAUGUGGUGCUACGUGGGGAAGGCCACCAAGAUCUUCUUCUUCGUGGUGGUUGUGCUGCUGGUGGUGGGCCUCGUCCUGGGUUUCGGCCUCCUUCGCCGUACUGGGUCGGGCAGCAGCAGCCACGUGCAUGGAGACUGCGACGGCCGCAGCUGCCAGCCCGCCUUACCCCAACAGGUUCCGGCCGCGGCUUCCCAGCCGCCGCUACUCAGUCCGCCGAAUCCCGCCGCCGUAACCCUGCCGCCUGGCUCGGUCUAGCGUAGCCGGAGGCCGGAGCAGAGUCGUCCUUCUGCAUUUGCUUUGUUUAUUUAUUUGUUCUCGAGGCUUCAGUUUUUUUAAAAAUAUUCUUUAAUAUUUUAUUAAUAAUUAUUUAAUGAAAUAAUAAUUCAG